AUGUGCUGCCUUUGCUGUUGCAGCAAAGGCAGUCCUGGGGCAGGAGGGGCUUCCCUACAAGGGAGCACGGGUGCCACUUCAGAAGGGAGCACCAGUGGGCCUCCGUCUACUGGAGGUGGCAGGCCUCCAGCUCUUGGGAGUGCUGGAGGUGGCGGUGGAGGCCCUCCAUCUCCAGCCACUGGAGGUGGUAGACCUCCAGCUGCUGGUAGAGCUAGUGGUGGUAGCAGGCCUGCUGGAAGUGGUGGUGGAGGCCCUCCAUCUCCAGCUACUGGAGGUGGCCGACCUCCAGCUUCUGGUAGAGCUGGUGGUGGUAGUGGGCCUCCGGGAGGUGGUGGUGGAGGCCCUCCAUCUCCAUCUACUGGAGGUGGAGGACCUCCAUCCACUAGUGGUAGAGCUCGUUGUGGCGGCCUCCUGGAGAUGGUGGUGGAGGCCCUCCAGCUAAUGGUUGUCCGCCAUGAUACUCAUAAUCCAUAUACUACCGAACAAUAUGAAAAUAUAAUGAUAGCUUAUGUAAUUUUGUAA